UCCAUGUAAAAAUCUCGCCUUUUUCCUCUCAAAACACUCGAAGGUACUAUUCGAUAUUGCGCAGCAAUUCGAUAUUGUGCAAUCGGACGCGUCUAGAAAAUCGAAACGUUUAUAUACAUUCAAGUUAAUUGCCGAGGUGCAUUCUUAGGACGGUGGUCGCCUCGUUUGUGAUUCUCCUAUAGGCGACAACCGUUCGUGGCUCCCGUUUCCUCGUCACUGCAAGUCAUUUAGCGGCCGUCCGAAUGUGAUGAGUUUAGUUUUGUUUGCGUCUACAUCCCUAAAGUCUACAUCCCUACGGACGGGGGACAACUUCCGCUCCGUCGGGAUCGUACUUUGGAAGGCAAACGGGGUAUCAUUUCAGUUAUCCUUUACUUCACUCGACGUCUCAUAUUAUUAGUAACACGAGCGAAAGUUGCUCGCAGGCAACAGCAACAGCAAUAGCAGCAGCAGCAGCAACAGCAGCAGCAGCAGCAGCAGCAGCUAUAGCAACGCGUGCUGCUGCAUAUUUUGUAUAUGCGCAUUGCCGCGUAAAUUCUCCGUGAAUUAUUUCUUGGCGUCGUCUGAUGUCGCAGACGACCGUUGCCACCGGGUUGCACAUAUCUCCUGAAAUAUCUUUUAUUAAUUAAUACGCGGGUGCCCACCGGAUGCGUUACAGAUGUGCUCUGCGAGAUUUAAUUUUGAGGAGAGCAGCAACGCCGCCUGGACUCGACAUUUUGCCAAUUAGCGAGGUAUCGCUAUCAUCGAGAUAUUUCGUAUCACAUUGCUCUUUACAGCGCGCUACGAAUACGUGCAGAUCAAUGCUAUCGCGGAUACACGAUACUGUUUUUUUUGCUGUAUCGCGCGUUUUGUUGGCUCUGUAAAAGUCUGUAUUAUAAUUUUGAAUAAUCGCAGACAAGCGACCGUUCCGAGUCAUAAAAAAAGAGUCGCCACCGGCACUGUAUAUAAAGUCGUUAAUUAUCGCACCGGGCGUACGAAAACGAAAACGAGAACGGUAAAGAGAGGAAAGAGAGCGUGCUCGAGAGAGCCACUCUGUCAUCGGGUUCCAUCUCUUUGGUUCCAUCGCAGCUUGAACGAUGGCCGAUUCACGCGGCUUCAAGCCAAUAAACCAGUUGUGGCAGAGCGCGACAGUGUCGACGGAUCAGGAUUCGGAGUGUCUCUACGAGGAGAUCCCGGGCCGGUCCCAGGAUACGGACCGGCCGGCUGGUGCCGCCGUUGGGCAGCAGGGGGUGGAGGAAGAGGAACAGCUGGAGGAGGAGGAGAAUAUCGGCGGCAGCAGGAGGAGCCUCGAUUUCGGGGUACAGGUUGGAGAUAGCGACUUCUGGAUUGAUUCGGGCCGGGAGGAGAUCAUCGCCAGGAGCGGUACCAUCCCCCGUAGCAGGACCGACGGCGGCGCGAGGUCGCGCAGUGGAUCGGCCGAUCGGCGACCAACGGAUCGAGCGCCGCGUCAGCGGGACGUUGUCGUCGUCAGGGUGGAGGAGGAGGCGCGCUAUGCCGCGCGCAGGAGUCACGUGGAGCCCGGUACAGGCGCCAUACUGCCGCCUCCUGCGGCUGCCGGCCACAAGCUGACCAGGGGGCGACCCAGCGCAACCAACACCGUCGCCCGGUACUUGCAUUCAGCCAGCACGAACGCCUCGGCGGCGCAUUACCAUCAUCAUCAUCACGGGCUGCACGGCCAGUAUCCCCCCGGCGGCAGGACGACCGGCAGGCAGCACCGCCAUCAUCACCCUAGCCGCGGCUCGUACAGUAAUGAGACGCAGGAAGAGGUACAGGAGGACGAUGAAGCCACUCUACGGGAGUUGCUCGUAAGUCUGCAGAAACAGGUCAGCGUUAUGAGUAUGAACCUGAGUGCCAAGCUGGACGAGCUGCAGCGGGGUGACCGCCAGCUGGAGACCACCGUCGCUCUCUGCGAGAUCCGCACGCAGCUGCAGGAGCUCACGAAGAGCGUAGAGUCUUGUCAGAGCGAGGUCAGCGAGGUGAAACGGGAUAUGGUCACGAUUAAGCAAGAACUAGAUACGGUACAGCAGGUCAAGGAAGAGAUAGAGGAAUUACGAGAGUACGUGAAUCGACUGGAAGAACACUCCCAUCGGCGGAAACUUAGGCUGUUGGAGCAGGGACUGACGCUUUUCCUGUCAUACGCGAUAUUAGCUGCCGUAUUGGGAAUGUUACAGUUUGGAUACAACACUGGAGUGAUUAAUGCGCCUGAAGUGAACAUAGAGAAUUUUAUGAAAGAUGUAUACAAGGAUAGGUACGGGGAGGACAUUUCGGAUGAUUCUGUUAAGACUUUAUAUUCUGUGGCCGUGAGCAUAUUCGCGAUCGGUGGUAUGGUGGGUGGUUUCAGCGGAGGGACAAUUGCCAACAGAUUUGGCAGAAAGGGAGGCUUACUGCUAAACAACGUGCUGGGCAUCGUGGGGGCGUGCCUGAUGGGUUUCACGAAACUUGCUGAGUCAUACGAGAUGCUGUUUUUUGGACGGUUUAUCAUCGGUGUCAAUUGUGGCUUGAACACCUCGUUGGUUCCCAUGUACAUAUCGGAAAUAGCGCCAUUGAACCUGAGAGGCGGCCUAGGCACGGUGAACCAGCUCGCUGUUACGGUGGGCCUCCUGGUCUCCCAGGUGCUGGGCAUCGAGCAAAUCCUUGGAACAAACGAGGGUUGGCCCGUUCUCUUAGGACUAGCUAUCUGUCCUGCCAUUCUACAGCUACUGCUGCUUCCAGUAUGCCCGGAAUCUCCAAGAUAUUUGCUCAUUACUAAACAGUGGGAGGAAGAAGCUCGAAAAGCUUUGAGAAGGUUGAGAGCCAGUAACCAAGUAGAAGAAGACAUUGAGGAGAUGAGAGCGGAGGAACGAGCUCAACAAGCUGAGUCCACGAUAUCGAUGACAGAGCUUAUAUGCAGUCCAACUCUAAGAGCACCUCUCGUUAUUGGUGUGGUUAUGCAACUUUCGCAGCAGCUUUCGGGUAUCAAUGCCGUAUUUUAUUAUUCCACGAAUCUGUUCACUAGUUCUGGUUUAACGGACGAGAGUGCCAAGUUUGCAACCAUUGGCAUAGGUGCCAUCAUGGUUUGUAUGACGCUAGUGUCUAUCCCACUCAUGGAUAGGACAGGAAGGCGUACGUUGCACUUGUAUGGUCUUGGUGGCAUGUUUAUCUUUUCAAUAUUCAUCACAAUUUCGUUUCUCAUAAAGGAGUUCUUUGGCUAUGUGCAGGAAAUGAUCGACUGGAUGUCCUACAUCUCGGUAGUGUCGACUUUGUGCUUCGUCGUAUUCUUCGCCGUAGGGCCCGGAUCUAUACCCUGGAUGAUCACGGCAGAAUUGUUCUCGCAAGGCCCUAGACCCGCCGCCAUGUCCAUCGCGGUUCUCGUCAAUUGGAUGGCUAAUUUUUUGGUUGGCAUCGGUUUUCCAAGCAUGAAGAGUAGCCUUGAAAACUACACGUUCCUACCGUUCAGUGCAUUUCUAGCCAUCUUCUGGAUCUUCACCUACAAGAAGGUUCCUGAGACCAAGAAUAAAACAUUCGAAGAGAUUCUAGCUUUAUUCAGGCAUGGUAACGACAGUAUAAUUCAGAAAGUGCAGAGGCGUCAAAGUGCUGGUUAUACGACAGUCAAACUAUACAUUGUGCCGCUUCACGCUACAAGACACACGCGAGCGGUCAUAGCGGGAACACUAUUAAAUUUUAUUCACCUUUUCGCGUUAACAACAGCUAAUCAGGAAAGAAAAUAUAACGAAGUAGAUCGACACCAGUGUAACGUGUGCCAUACCGAGAGAUCAGAAACCUUUAACCUGCUUAUAACAUCAUUCACUCAUUAGAAUUGCACAAACACAUGAAAAAAAAAAUUUACUGAAUAAGGUAUUUAAAAAUUUAGUUAGAUACAAAUUAAAAAUAA